AUGCGUUCGACUUGCGUGCUUCCGCUCCUCGCGGCUUGUGCCCUCGCGCUCAAAAUGUGCGCCCAAAAUCACCGUUUUCUCAAAUUCCACAAACUAAGGAGUUGCUUCAAGUCGACGCUUCCGAUACUGUCGUGGAAACAAUUCGAUAACGUCCGCGAUUGUAUGCAAUUCACGCGGGACAAAAACGGGCUAGCGUUUAAUUUUAGCCCCCCUGAGCUCCAGAAAGCGCGGAGUUGCGAGGUGUUGGGGUGUCCGGAAGUCCACAACUCGACCACGUUUGUCUUUGACCCGAGUUACGAUUAUUACAGCGCUUAUGGCGACUUUAACUGUGGGGCCACAGCGAACGCAACUUGUCUCAGAUCAGUCGGUUUGUUUCAAGUGGUUCAGGAAAAAAUGAAUUAUUCCAGCGCCGCACGUCGGUGCCAGGAUUUGGGGGGCGACCUGGCUGAUAUUUUGACUGAGGCAAGGACGAACGCACUAGCUGCGUUACUCAAGUCUUUGCCUAACUGGUACAAGGGGGCAUACGUUGGCCUUGACGACAUUACGGUUGAGGGGAGUUUUGAGACUCCAAUGGGGGACUUUUUGCAAUGUUCGCGGUUUCGGGCCUGGGCUGUGGGCCACCCAAGACCAGGACGAAGAAAAGAAGACUGUGUCAUGUUAGAUGUUGAAAAAACGUGGAGGGCACUCAAUUGUAAAAUUAAAUUGGACUUCAUCUGUGAAUUUUAUCCAACUCCUCCGGACAACACAUUGAAUGAAUUUAAAUAUCAGAACUGUAGUCUCGUUAAAAGUAAGAAAAAGAAACAAGAGUGUGAGACAAAUAACGAGUUAUUUGAGCUAUACAACAGCUCUACGAGAAUCGAUCAGUGCGCUUUAAUGAACGACUUUGAGUUUUGAAACGUUUUUAUUACAAAAAAUACAUUAGAUUCUACGUUUUUGUGUACUUAUGUAGAGCACAUUGUUGCCCCUAAUAAACGCAUCCCCGAAUUUA